AGCCCGACGGCAUGAAGGACCUGGACGCCAUCAAGCUCUUCGUGGGCCAGAUCCCGCGCAACCUGGACGAGAAGGACCUCAAGCCGCUCUUCGAGCAGUUCGGACGCAUCUAUGAGCUCACGGUGCUCAAAGACCCCUACACCGGCAUGCACAAAGGCUGUGCCUUUCUCACCUACUGUGCCAGGGACUCUGCCAUUAAAGCUCAGACUGCCCUGCACGAACAGAAGACCUUGCCCGGGAUGGCGCGGCCAAUCCAGGUGAAGCCUGCGGACAGUGAAAGCCGUGGAGGGGACCGGAAGCUGUUUGUGGGGAUGCUGAACAAGCAGCAGUCGGAGGAGGACGUGCUGCGGCUGUUCCAGCCCUUCGGGGUCAUCGACGAGUGCACCGUGCUCCGGGGUCCUGAUGGGAGCAGCAAAGGCUGUGCCUUUGUGAAGUUCUCCUCCCACACGGAGGCUCAGGCGGCCAUCCACGCCCUGCAUGGCAGCCAGACCAUGCCGGGUGCCUCCUCCAGCCUGGUGGUCAAGUUUGCCGAUACGGACAAGGAGCGGACGCUGCGGCGCAUGCAGCAGAUGGUGGGCCAGCUGGGCAUCCUGACGCCGUCCCUCACCCUGCCCUUCAGCCCCUACAGUGCCUACGCCCAGGCUCUCAUGCAGCAGCAGACGACGGUCCUGUCCACCUCAGGCAGCUACCUGAGCCCCGGCGUGGCCUUCUCACCCUGCCACAUCCAGCAGAUUGGCGCCGUCAGCCUUAAUGGGCUGCCUGCCACACCCAUCGCCCCUGCCUCUGGACUGCACUCCCCCCCGCUGCUCGGCACCGCCGCCGUGCCCAGCCUCGUGGCUCCCAUCACCAAUGGCUUCGCCGGCGUCGUGCCCUUCCCUGGCGGGCACCCUGCCCUAGAAACCGUAUACGCCAAUGGCCUUGUGCCCUACCCAGCUCAGAGCCCGACGGUGGCUGAGACCCUCCACCCUGCCUUCUCUGGAGUCCAGCAGUACACAGGUAGGGAGGCAGCGCGGCCCGCGGCCAUCACGCCCAUCGCGCACAGCGUCCCCCAGCCGCCGCCCCUCCUGCAGCAGCAGCAGCGAGAAGGUCCCGAAGGCUGUAACCUGUUUAUCUACCACCUCCCCCAGGAGUUUGGAGACACGGAGCUGACGCAGAUGUUCCUGCCCUUCGGCAAUAUCAUCUCCUCCAAGGUGUUUAUGGAUCGGGCCACCAACCAGAGCAAAUGUUUUGGCUUCGUGAGCUUUGACAACCCGGCCAGCGCGCAGACCGCCAUCCAGGCCAUGAACGGCUUUCAGAUCGGCAUGAAGAGGCUCAAAGUGCAGCUGAAGCGGCCCAAAGAUCCGGGACACCCCUACUGACCGCGCCCACAGCCGCCCUGAGGCUGCGGGCUUGGCCCAGGUGAGCCGCCAGGCGGCCCCAUCCCCAUCCCCCACCCCGCCCCACCCCCGUCUUGUCCGCACUCCCUCCUCAUUCUCCAAACCCUCCCCAGGCUGGGGGGAUGCUGCAAGAGGCUACAAGGAGUCCCCAGGUUUGGUUGACAGGGACAGAGAUGGACGAAGACACCCCCAAUCUCCCUCUGUGGUCAGGGCUGGAACCAGAGCAGUAGGAUGGGAGUGGGGAGGGUGGUUAGGGGAUCCUUCCUGGAGAAGGCUUUGAAGGAUGAAUAGAAGUUCGUCUGAGAGGUGGGGUUUGGUCUGGGGUGGAGUGGGCUGUGGGAAGGGGCUUCUGUCCUGUGCUGUGAAUCUGUUCUCCCAGCUGGGCUCCUCUGAGAGCUCUUUGCUUGGCAUAAUGCAUACCAAUGAGUUGAUGGGAGAAUGGAAUUUUUGCCCUCAGCCAUGGCAUGCUGGGGGGGGGCUAUCAGGGGGAAUCCAAAGGAACGAACAAAUCCCCAAGCGUGUUUGUGCCAUUAGUGUGAACAACUCUGUCCAAUCAUCACCUUCUUUGGGGGAAUGAACUGUGAGCCUGAGGGGCCAAUGGGGAAAUUUACAACGAGCUCACGCCUUGACAAGGCUCAUCUGUGAAGUGGGCCCAUGCACGUGGCCUCCCCCAGAGGCAGUGGGACGGAUCCCCGCAGGGCACUCGGUGUUUUCCCAGCUGAGCCCGGGUCCUGCCACCUGGGAAUCUCGUUUCCUCUUAAUCGUCGUCGCUGCGUCAUCACAGAGGAUGUCCUGGGAUCUGGUGUGAAGCAGGUGCUCAGUGAGGGGCUGUUCCUGCUCCCAGGAACCCUGCUCCCAGCACCCACAGAUUCGAGGGUGUUCAGUCACGGGGUCGUGUGUCUUUGGGAGCGACGGAAAUCCACCCCUGGAAGCCAGCAACAGGCAAUCUGCGUUUGGACAAGUUGACAGCAAUUCCUCACUGAGCAUCUACUGUGCGCCAGGCACUGUUUCCAGCCGUGAAUGAACCGAAAUGGGAUUGGGGAGCUGCUUCAUGGAGCUUCAGUGGCAGGGAGCAGGGGAGAGGAGGCAGAAAUAAACAUUUGCCCCAAGUGGCCAGAUGAGGGCAUGGGUUUGAUGACCCUCAGUCCCUUCCAAGCUGGGUGUGUCAGCCUCUAGACCCCAAAAUGGACUUUCUGAAAAGAUAGGGUCCCUUGGGUUCCAGACCCUAGCCUGGCCAGGGCAGGGGUGGGGGUGGGAGGUGAUGUCCUCUGCUGACCUGUGCCCUCAUCGCCACACCCUAACGCCCCUCCCUUCUCCGCCAGGUGAGGGGCCUUCCCACCCCAGGAGGGUUUCCCGCUUCCAUCCGAUCCAGGACUUUACCGUAAAUUACAACUGAGUUUGGACACCAGCCCCCACCUCCUCUCCCUUCUUCCUUGUCCCCCUCCCCAAAAUGUGAAACACUACUGAAGGCCACACGGAGCUGGGAUGGGGCUUCGUGGUCUGCGAGGGGCUCCUGAGUUGGGGGCCAAGGGGCUGACUGCCCCUUCUGGGAGAUUUCCUCGCUCCCCCCACAACACAACCUUUGUGGCUUCCCCGAAUGAAAUCGCAACUUUUCCUAUAUAUAUACAUGCAUAUAUAUAGAGAGCUAUAGACGGUAUAUAUAUUUUUUGAGUAUAGAUCAUGGGACCAAACCUUUCCGACUUCCUUCCAUCUAAGAGAAGGUGGCCCUGGGCAGGUCACUCAGCAGGGACACUCAGAAGGGCUGAGGCUGGUGGGGCAGCCCAGUGUCUCCCCACCUCCCGCUGUCAUGUCAGACCAGGGCACCAGGCGAAGCACUGAGAAUCAUCAGCCGACGCGAUAUACCUCCAGGACUUUUGACCCCUGCCACCGACGAGAUUCUCGCGGGCCUGUGGGCUCAGCUGGCUUCAGUGUCCCUGGUCCUAGCUGCAGCUUCCGGAACCUCCUCCCCCUCCUCAUCCCAGGGCCCUACCUUCCCCGGAUGUAGGCACAAAAGAGACCCCUUGGCCUCCCCCAGUCCUUCCCCCCAGUCAUAGCCUUACUCAUGUGACCAAUAGCCCUUAGCUUUCCGUGUCGGGGGCAGACAGGGGCGGGGGCGGGGAGCCCCCACCCAGAACCCCCUCCCAAGGGCAGGCGGCCACCCUCCCUGCCUUUGGAUCACCAGCCUGGAAUCCACAAUCUCAUGACCAAGAUUGCCACGUGCACUAGACAAACCCGACCUGCACCCCUUCACCGGAGAUACCUCUACAAAGAAUUUUUUUUUUGGUCUUUCUGAGCAGGUACAAAGAAGAAAAGACAUGAGGAAAAAAAUCAAAUGACAAUGGAUUUUUGUUUUCUAGUUGGGGCGGGGAGGACUAUGCUUUGUGGGGGGGCGGGGCUCUGUAUAGCUACCCAAACCGUGAAAACCCUUCUUGAAGCACAGAGUCAAGUUUUUUUUUUUUUCGGACAUCCGGUGGGGCCUCUUGCCAGAUGAGGCACCAGAGAACUUAAUAAGCUCAAGAAAAAAAAAUUUUAAAGAAAAAAAAAGCACUCCCUUUUGUUUCUACCAAAUGUGUUGACCGACCCAGAAAAAAAAAAAAGGAAAAAAAAAUAGCAAAAAAGGGAAAAAAAAGGAAAAAAAAUCUUCUGACCAACCUGUUUCGAUAUUCCAGUUUGAUAAUUGUUCCAAGACCCUCUCUAGCGUGCCUGUGUCCCGUGCGUCUGCGUGUACAAGUGUGUGCUCAGGGGCGGCGGGGUCCCAUCCGUGUCCCGCCCCGCCCCGCCCCCCGCCAGGCCUGCUUGGGAGUGCGUGCUGGCGUGCAGUGGCGUGUGUCCUCUGGUCCAUGUUUACUGGCUGUAAAUACCAUUUUUAUACUCCACAUCAAAGACCUACGUGAUUUGUACGAUGUACUUUAUUUCUGCUACGAGUAAUUUCAUGAAGUUUCAACUUGCAAAACGACUUUUGGAGACAAACACACACACACACACACACACA